GCUGCGGGUCCGCUGCCGCGGGUCCAGCGAGGUUCCAGUCUGCCUGCGUCCCCCCGCGCCCAGGGAGCCACGCCACGAUGUUCGGCUCGUCGUGGAGCAGCUUCGAGGAAGACCCCUUCUUCUCAGACUCCUUUUCUUCUCACAAUGAAAAUAUGCGUCAAAUGAUGAAAAGUUUCGCUCAGCCUUUUGGACAGCUCCUCAGCGUCGCUGGUGGGAGAGGCCGUCGUGAGGAUGAUGAAGAUGAUGAUAAAGUUUCUUGUUCCGCGAGGAGCCAUGCCCUUGCUCCUUUUGGCACCUUUGGUGGUCCUUCUUCUCUUGUGCCUUUUGGCAGUUUUGGUGCAAUGAAUGCAGAUGUCAGCCCUUUUCAGGCAAUGGACAGAAUGAUGUCACAUAUGCGACACAACAUGCAGGAUUUACAAAGACGUUUUAGUGAUAUGUCAGUCGACCCAGAAGGACACUCCUUUUGUUCUUCUUCCAUUAUGACCUUCUCCAAAGUAGGUAAUGAGCCUCCAAAGGUUUUCCAAGCUUCUUCUCAGACACGAAGAGCUCCUGGGGGGAUUAAGGAAACCAGGAAAUCAAUGAGAGAUUCUGACAGUGGGAUAGAGAAGAUGGCUGUGGGUCAUCACAUUUAUGACCGUGCUCAUGUCAUCAAAGGGCUAAAAAACAACAAGACUGGUGACCAGGAGUUAAACCAAGAGUUCAUCAACAUGCGUGAAUCUGAUGCCCGUGACUUCAACGAUGAAUGGCAGAACCAGAUUCUCAAGUUCAUUCACUCAGGAAAGAGAAACUUGGAAAGCUCCAGAUUGAUAAAUGGUCACUCUGACAGUUCAGUAAACUAUGAAGACAUUUCUAAAAGGGAGAGACCUCGCCAAAGAUCAUCCAUUGAAAGCCAGAGAAGACCAAGGGCUUUUGAGGGAAAUCUCCGUAUAAAGGGAUCAUCUGUCAAAUCCAGCAAAAAAUAAAUUUCUGUGCAUUUGA